GUGGGAUGGAUACACAUAUAGUGACCAGACUCUUGCUGGCUGCAAAUUAAAAUGCAGGACAAAUUGUUCGUGCUAUGCUUAUUCUUAUAUUACGUACAACCAAGGAGGUUGGGGCUGUAAAACUACUAGGAGUCGGAAAGGGCAGCUGCUUUAUUCUGGCACACAGAGAAGUUUUGUCCGUGAUAGUUUCGAUUUGGCUGGGAAAGAAUUAAAUUCUACCCCUUCACCUGGGCUUGCUCCUCUGGCAUCUCCUGCUCUCGCUCCUAGUCCUCCAUCUGUAGUUUAUCCUUCACCUGGGCUUGCUCCUCUGGCAUCUCCUGCUCUUGCUCCUAGUCCUCCAUCUGUAGUUUAUCCUAUGCCUUCCGCGAUAAAGAAGUCAAAGAAAUGGAAAGUCAAGUUAUCUAUUGGUGUCCUGGUAACAUUUCUGGGGGCUCUUAUAUUGCUUUACUUAUUUUGCUGCCUGAAAUGCAAAAAUGGUGACAGCAGAGGUUUAAGAGAAUUCAACAGUGCAAAAAGGCUAGCGCUUCGUGAUAAAAGGGUAGAUGAUGAAUUGCCUUUCUUUGGUUUUACGAUCAUAGAAAUCGCAACAAAUCAUUUUGCAGAUGAAAAUUUGCUUGGUCAAGGAGGAUUUGGCCCUGUCUAUAAGGGAAAGCUGCACGAUGGGCAAGAAAUUGCAGUAAAAAGACUGAAACAUAUGUCCGGAUUUGGGAUGGAGCAAUUCAAGAAUGAAGUUACAGUGAUCUCAAAGCUGCAACAUCGAAAUCUUGUACGACUUCUUGGCUAUUGCAUCCACAGAGAGGAGCGCAUACUAAUAUACGAGUUCCUGCCCAAUAAAAGUUUGGAUUCAAUUGUUUUUGAUUCUGAAAAAGGAAUAGUAUUAGAUUGGAAAAGGCGUUCACAUAUUAUUGAUGGGAUAGCUCAAGGGCUACUAUAUCUCCACAAGUAUUCCAGGCUAAAAAUUAUCCACAGAGAUCUCAAAACAAGCAAUGUAUUGUUGGACAAUGAUUUAAAUCCCAAGAUUUCUGAUUUUGGAACUGCAAGAAUUUUUGGAGAUAAUGAAUCGCGUGCAAAUACAAAGAAAGUUGUUGGUACAUACGGUUACAUGUCUCCUGAAUAUGCCAUGAAUGGCAUUUUCUCUGUCAAGUCUGACGUUUAUAGUUUUGGGGUGAUGAUGCUGGAGAUCAUAAGUGGAAAGAAGAACACUUCUUUCUAUGACUCUGAUGAUCAUUUGAACUUAAUAGGAUAUGUGUGGGAUUUAUGGCUAGACGGAAGAGUUACAGAGGCAGCAGAUCGUAGUUUAGGUGAAACAGUCUCCAAACAAGAAAUUACAAGAUAUGUUCAAGUUGGAUUGUUGUGUGUACAAGAAAAUGCUGUAGACAGACCAACCAUGUCGGAUGUACUUUCCAUGCUUAACAAUGAUUCGGUAACGGGUCUUCCUGUUCCUAAUCGACCAGCUUUUUCCUGCAUUACAAGCCGGUUGAUCAAUGACAACCCAGUCCAAAAUCAAGAACCUUGUUCCAUCAGCAAGGUCACCAUUUCUGACGUAGAAGGUCGAUGAAUUAAAUGUUGUAAUAGUUGUUUUUGUGGACAACUGCAAAGGAACUAGUAUGUGCCUGCGAUUCAUUCUCUGCAAAAAAUCGAUGAACUACUUGUCAAAUGUGGUUUCCAUGC